CGGCGGUCAGCUGACUGCUCCGGCCGGCACGUGACUUGCUCUGUGGGCGUUAGGGCAGAGGAAGCCUGGAGGCCGGAGCUUAGGUCCGGGAGGGAUGGAGGGUUGAGCGGUUAGUCUGCCAGGCUGCCUGUCUCCGCACGUGCCGCCGCACUUCCUCCUGUGAUACCGUCCCGGCUUCUCCCUUGAUUUCCAAAGGACCUGGAAGCAAGCAUGACUGAGUUCUGGCUAAUAUCUGCUCCUGGGGAGAAGACCUGUCAGCAAACAUGGGAGAAACUACAUGCUGCGACUACCAAGAGCAAUAAUCUUGCUGUCACUUCCAAGUUCAACAUUCCCGACUUGAAGGUUGGCACGUUGGAUGUCUUGGUUGGUCUGUCGGAUGAACUUGCUAAACUGGAUGCGUUUGUAGAAGGGGUGGUCAAGAAAGUAGCUCAAUACAUGGCUGAUGUAUUGGAGGACAGUAAAGAUAAAGUUCAGGAGAAUCUGUUGGCCAAUGGAGUUGACUUGGUUACUUAUAUAACAAGGUUCCAGUGGGAUAUGGCUAAGUAUCCAAUCAAGCAGUCUCUGAAAAAUAUUUCUGAGAUAAUUGCCAAGGGAGUAACUCAGAUUGAUAAUGACCUGAAAUCACGAGCAUCUGCAUACAAUAAUCUGAAAGGGAAUCUUCAGAAUUUGGAACGAAAAAAUGCGGGAAGUUUGCUAACUCGAAGUCUAGCAGAAAUUGUGAAGAAGGAUGACUUCGUUCUUGAUUCAGAGUAUCUCGUCACGUUACUCGUGGUAGUUCCUAAGUUAAACCACAACGACUGGAUCAAGCAGUAUGAAACGUUAGCUGAAAUGGUGGUUCCGAGGUCUAGCAAUGUUCUCUCAGAGGACCAAGACAGCUACCUUUGUAAUGUCACCUUGUUUAGAAAGGCAGUUGAUGAUUUCAGACACAAAGCCAGAGAAAACAAAUUCAUUGUUCGGGACUUUCAGUAUAACGAGGAAGAGAUGAAAGCAGAUAAAGAGGAAAUGAACAGGCUUUCCACUGACAAGAAAAAACAGUUUGGACCACUUGUGCGGUGGCUGAAAGUUAAUUUCAGUGAGGCAUUUAUUGCGUGGAUUCAUGUAAAAGCAUUAAGGGUUUUCGUCGAAUCUGUUUUGAGGUAUGGCUUACCAGUGAACUUCCAAGCAAUGUUGCUUCAGCCUAAUAAGAAAACAAUGAAGAAACUAAGAGAAGUAUUACAUGAACUAUACAAACAUCUAGACAGCAGUGCAGCAGCUAUUAUUGAUGCUCCUAUGGAUAUUCCUGGCUUAAACCUGAGUCAACAAGAAUACUACCCCUAUGUAUAUUACAAGAUUGAUUGCAAUUUGCUGGAAUUCAAGUAAAAAUGAGCUCCUCCCAGACAGUCCUUUCAUGUUGGUGUAUGCUAACAGGAUUAGGCUGUAGUGCGACAGUCUUCUAGCGCUUGUGUCCUCUGCUUGCUCCUUACCCUCCCCUAGGUGAAUUUUCUCGUGUGGUCCAUAUCUUAACAUUUUCUUUUUAAAGGAAAUUCUUUUUAUUGAUCAGGUCUGUAAAUGUGUACUGAAAAAAAUCAGAGUUUAUUUAUGAACAGAAGAGUUUAUUUAAACAGCAAGUUUUUCCCUUGUUGAUAUCAUGGUAUGCAUUAAUUUCAUUUGUUACUAUUGUGCACAAAAGCCUUGUUCACAAGGGGAUGGUAUAAACAUACCAUUUUGUUCACUGUAUUUAGUAGACAUACUGUUAAUAGUUACUAAAUCGUGAUGUAAAGAAAUGUGACAAUAUUCAGGUAUGUGCUUUCUGAAUGUUUCAAAUACAAUCUACAAGCACUGUCAACACCCACAGGAGAGAAUAAAAUUACCUGUGCAAAGGUG